AUGAAUCUUCUUUUUUACUUUGUUUAUUCUCUGUUAUCUGCUACUAAACUAGAAUGUGCCUCAAUCUCUUAUACCAAGCCAUCUUUGGAAAGCAGGAAAUCAUUGCCAAGAUAUUAUAGUUUAUGGUCAAGUCCUGGAAUCUUGGAUGGUGCAUUUAUGUCGGCCCCUGAACCUAUCAUCAGGUCCAAGCUUCAGAAAGGGGGCCAAAAAACUUCAAAAUUCUCCUUUUUUCAAUAUCAAAUGGAGCAUCCAAACAAGAAGCAGGUGGAUGGGAUCCAGAGGACAGAACACCUUCAGCAUGAGAUAGAAAGUCCCAGGAGGAAAGUUGGACCACCAGAUCUCAGUGAAGGGAUUUCAAUGGAUAAUACAAGUCAUUUACAGACAUAUGCAUCAUCUGAACAGGAGGAAGCAACAGCAGACCCAUUGCUCAAAGACGUUGUGAAAAUGACUGAAAAAAACAAGCCAGCCAAUGAUGCCCAUGCUUUGCCUAAAGCCUCAACAGGGGUCCCCAAGAGUGGCACAAAAGUUCAUGAUAAGACUUCAACGGUGAAGGAUCCAAUUGAAGCAAGUGUGCCUUCAAAGCCGGCUUCCCCCAAGAUCCAAGAAGUUCCAAAAGUGCAGAUGGAGUCAAAGAUACCUAGUGGGUCAGAGUCAAAUAAGGAGCCAAAUUCCAAAAGUGCUUUGAUAGAAAGGAAGUUCAUAAGGAUUGACAAUGAUCAGAAAGACCACAAGAUACCCCACCCUAUACAAAUAUCAGCAAAUAAAUUUUCAAGAACAAAGAUCAGCAAUGUCCAAGGCCAUACAGCAGAUCCUGAAUUGUUCUCAAAAAAAGUUGAUGAGUAUCAGGAAAAAUCAAGGCCUUGUGAUUUAGAUACCAUUAGAAAGCUUAAUGCACAGCCUGUAGACUCAGUCAAAAACCCAAAAGCAAGUAUUGAUGCUAUAGCCCUAAAGAUGAAGAACCAAUUUAUCUACCAAGGAAUGACUGCAAUUAAAGCUAAGUCAGAUUCACAAGGAAAGAAGAUCCUAGGCAAUGAAAAUUCACAGGAAAUUCAAUCAUAUGACAAGGUGCAUGAUGAUAUAAACUCCUUUAAAGCUUUGGAGGAUUUGAAUGAAUCUUUGGAUUCAAAUCAACAAAAAGAGGUCCCAAAGAUAACAGAAAAUACAUCUCAGACUCCUCCUCAAGAAGCAGAAGAAUUCCACAACAGAAAGUCAGAUUUUAUAGGGGUUGAUUCAUUGGACAGUGAUGAUGAUCAAAGGAUUUCCAAAGAUAUGAAGGGAAACCUUAACAACAGUGAAAUAGAUCCAACUGAAGAGAAAAGCCCUACAAAACACAAAGUAAAUGACAGUGGAUCAGAAGUAGAGAUGGAUGAACUGACAUCAUACAACACAAAAGAAAUGAAUGAGAUGAAUAGAAACAAUUUUCAACAAAGAAUUAAGUUAUCAAAGACUAAAAAAGGGAAGAAAAAUAAUAAAUCUAAGAAGGGAAAAAACAGUCCUAAGGACAAAAACAAUGCAAUAUCCUCAUUUGAUGCAGACUUUUUGGGUUCAAGUAAUGAUAAGCCAUCAAAAUCAAGUGUGAUAUUGACAAGGGAAGAUCUCAUCAAACUGACUGUAGAAGAAUUUGUGAUGUAUUUCUUGAAAUUUCAAAACAAAACACAUCAUCUGACAAUCACAUUGGGUGAUUUAGAGUUUGAAUACUUGAUUGCUUCAGGUUACCCAAAAGAUUCUGAUGUUUGGAAUCCACCAAGGGAAAGAUUUAUUGAAAAGUUUGGACAUUGUGGUGAAGCCAUAAGGAGGCUAAGAUCACUUAGAGCACAAUUUGAAGAAAAACAGAUUGUAUGGAAAUGGAAUCAAACAAAGAAUGAUUUACCAAAAUAUGCUCAAACUUAUGUUCAAUCAUUAAAACCAGAUGAAGAGUUUCCAACAUUUAGAGACUCAAAUCUUGAUCUUUGGAAUAUAUAUCUUGAUAGAGAGACUUCAAUGAAAAAACGUGAUCCAAAAUUAAUCAAAAAGGUUGUUGGAAUCUUUGGUCAUAUCAUGGACAAGCGGGUUAUUACCCUUGACCUAAUGUCACACUAUAUUUCGGAUUUCUUACGCAAGGUUUUUGAUAGUGGUGCAGUCCAGGAAGGGAUUGAUCUUCCUAUACUUAUCACCUUUGAUCAAUCUCUUCUCUUAUCACAUGAGAAUGGGCUGAAGGAUGAAUCUGACAAGGAUGAUAUUCAAUACAAGGCAGGUGAACUGAUAGAAGCCAUGAAUGGAAAAGUUACUGGGUUUAGUGGUAAAACAUAUGUCAACUUAGGUUCUGAAUGGAUCUCAGAAUACACCAGGUCAUAUCUUACCAAGCCAGGUUCAAGAACAGGAAAACUUGUGGAAGAACGUAUCAAAAACCUAGCCUACCAUGCUGACCGUUUGAAGGUGAAGAUCCCAGACUAUUUAAAGGCUUACAUUCCAGAAUCAGCUAAAGGUUUAGGUCUGGGUGAGAUAUUACUCAGUACUCAUGCUGGUCUGAAACUUGAAGCCCUUGUAAAAUUGAAAAAUCUUUUGAACUAUCAUGACAGCACGGGCACACACCCCCGGACCAAAAUCAAUAAAAAACGAGCUGAGAUAAUUGGAUGUUGGGAUAGCAUUGAAGAUGAGCUAUUACUCGAAGCUGUUAGUAUAAAAAAGUAUUGUGAUUUGAGAGGCAAGAUUAUAGUUGGUUUGCAAGCUCAUAUCAGUGACAAUGGCCUGGAGCACCUUUGGUAA